CUCCGCUUGCUCCUUCCCAUCAAACCGCCUUGACACUCCUGAUCACUCCUUGCUGCCUAAGCACAGACAGAAGAAGCCAUGAGGAGCACACUGCUGAGGAUGCUGGCCGCCCUGGUGUGCGUGCUGGCUGCAUGUGCAGAUGUCAUGCCCGUAAAAGACUUCAACCUGGAGAAGGUGGCGGGCAAGUGGUACAUGGUUGGCUUUGCUACAAAUGCUCAGUGGUUUGUGAACCACAAAGCAACCAUGAAGAUGGGGACUGCUUUCUUAACUCCUACUGAUGUAGAAGAUCUGGACCUCUCUUACUCCAACCUGAAUACUGAUGGCUCCUGCUGGAGAAUGACUCACCUGGCUAAGAAAACAGACACUCCUGGACGUUUCACCUUCCACAGCCAAACUUGGAACAAUGACAAUGACAUGCGCAUUGUUGACGUUGUUUACGAUGAGUACGCCCUGGUCCACACCAUCAAGACAAAGAAUGGGGUGUCCGAGGUCCUCAACAAGCUUUACAGUCGCACUCCCGACACCAGCGCUGUCCUGCAGGAGAAAUUCUCGCAGUUCUCUUUGGAGACUGGUGUCCUCGCUGAGAACAUUGUUAUGCUGCCCAAGAAUGGUGAGUGUCCCGACGCCUGAGGAGCCCAAAUCUUCCAUCUCAGCAGCAUCCCCCACCCCCCCACCACAUUCGUCCAACCCCUCUCCCCCCCACAGUCAUGACGGAUUCACAAAGCUACACCCUGGGACAAUGAACCUCAAGCAUUUCACUCUGUUUUCUGCUGCACACCAAAGACCAACCCUGAUCCUAGUUGAGCUCUCAUACUUGUCAACAUGCACAUUAACUGGGGCAUCAGAGUGGAACAAUAAAGGCCUGCUUGUAAGAAAAAAAGGGACUGAAGUACACGGAAAUAUUAUAAGUUGUCUUUUGUAACUUCCGAUUUCUUUUGCAGACUUUUUUUUCUCCUGUUUUCCAACCUCAAAGCUAAUAAAGCUGUUAAAAAGUG